AUGUCCCGUUCCCGCGCCAUUUCAAGGUUCUUCUUCACGGACUGCGGUGGCGGCAAGUUUUCCUGCAAACCCUGUGAAACAGCCCCUGGAUCAGGCUACAUGAACCUGAUUAGCAACCUCGCAACGAGCCACCUGGACUAUAGUGAGACCUACGACCGUACGAUGAUGAUCUUCACGUGGAUGGAGUGGGUCGUCGCUUGGAACAAGGCGCUUAGCGAGGUGGACGACCCGGUUACGUGUUCAUUGGCUGCGAUCACGGGAACGCUACACUUCAUCACCGUCUGCAUCCUCUUUGGUGAGAACGGAGAGCUUCAACAAGUGCUGUCGAAAUUCCUCCUGGAGAGUACAUCAAAGGGACCGACGCUCACAUCAAACUGA